UCAAUGGAUCCGUACCGGCGAUGUGUGAUGAAUUAAUUUCAACAGUUUUCUCAGACUAACAUAACAAUUUUUUUUCAUGCGAUUGUGAAUCAGUUUAUAGUCCUAAAAUGCUUGAAGAAUGUGCUUGAAGUAAUGCCUCCAUCAUAUCUACUGGCUAUAUUGAGUUCUCUGGUCUGUUCCUCUCUCCAAGCGUUGACAACCUUGAAUGUGACCUGUCCCCCGGGAUGGACGCAACACUCCACCUACAAGAACAAGUGUUACCGGGUGGUGACCAGCGCUGUAGCGUACAGCUCCGUCCCGUCGCACUGUGCAGCGCUGCUGAGUGGCGCGACAGUCGCCAACGUAUACAAUCUGGGCAUACACAAAUUCUUUGCCGACACAGGGUUCCUCUCACUAGAUAAAGAGUAUUAUAUUGGACUGGUCAAAGUCGGGGGAGGAUAUGUGUUUCCAGAACUGAAUAACGAGCCUCUUGGGUCCUGGAGUGUAUGGGGGGCACAGACUGGCCAAACCUGUACUGUGUAUGCAAACGUGGACAAUGUUUGGUACUGGCAAACCAACAACUGCAAUCCGCCCCGCCUGUCUGUCUGUGAAUACCUCGUGUCUACCUCAGGUGAUGUGCCAGUCGUGUUGGCGGAUGGAGGACUCCUUUCAGGGCGGGUGGAGGUCUUCAUGAACGGUAUGUGGGGGACGCUGGGGAAUUCCAACUUCUCAGAGACGGGGACUCUAAUCUGCAAAGUGCUUGGAUACCGGCUUGAGGAAACCGUGGUUUGCGCAGGUGCGGCCUGUGGGACCGGAAAAGUCUGGUACGAGGAAGUGAAAUGUGGUUCGGGGGUCGCUGUAAACAUCACCGAGUGCGUGGCCGGCGAAACCCUCUCCACGUCCACAAAUCACACUAUGGACACGAUUGUACGGUGCACAGACUCAAGGACAACUACAGCUGAGGUAACAACGAUAACUGAAGAAACAAAGACAGAAAUAAGUUCACAGUCCAUCAUUACAGCGCCAAUAACACCUCAAAAUAACGUCACUGUCAUCUACAGCACCGUCACAACCACCGUAAACGUCACUGUAACGGAAGUUACCACUGUAUAUGUCUCUGAACACGUCACGCCAGCUCCGACGUCAUCAACCUGCUGGACGGCGUCCUCAUUAGGUGUUACUUCAGCAGCUUCGACAAGUGAAGAGACACUCUCAAAUACCUCUACCACCAUUUCGUUUCACAACAUGAGCGCCGGUGCUGCGUUCCAGGCCUUGCCCGUCUUUAAAUCAAAGAACACAGCCAAAUACUCGACGAGGACGCGCCAGGACAACCGGCCCUCUGCAAAAGCCGUGGGGUGGUUUGGUAUCUUAAUUCUGGUUCUCAUGUUAUCUGGGAUUGUGGCCCUUGAUGUGGGAACUCUGGGGAAGAACAAACAAUUUGACAGAAAGGCAUAUCGAAAAAGAGUUGUGCCAAAAAACCAGAACAAAAUGAAAAAUGGAUUGGAAUCUAUCAGCAUUAAUUCUCAGAGCUCAGUGUUAAUGACCGCCGAUGGACUGUAACAGUGAUGUUAAGGAACCUGAUUAGGAAGUAAACCGAUUGAAGGGAUUGUUCCGACAUAAUGUAUAGUAGCUGUACUCAAAUAUUAACCUCUCGAUCCAUUUCCUCACAUGCCAGGGGCGUAGCUAGAAUGAUGUGAUAGGUAGGGGGAUUGGGGGUCGUCUUAAGGCCCCCUACGGGUCCAGGGCAAAGCCCUGGAGGGUGUCUAGCUCCUGGGCUUUUGUGUUUUCUGUGUGCAAAAUCUACGCUUAGAUUCGAAAAAUGCCAAUUUGAAUUUCAGUAAAGUACUGUUUAGCAAUAUUAAUCAUUCAAUAAUUUAAGCAUUAUAUUCAGUCACGAACUACUUAAUUAAUGGAUGGCAUGCAUCAUAAUACUUUUAUAUCUCUUUUUCUUUCUUUUUUGACUGAACUGAUGUACAUGCCAGCUGACGCCCCUGCAUGCCUUUACAUUCAUUUUAUCUUAUUCUUCUCCAUAUAUCCUUAGUUCUAUACAUUUCCAUAAGCUGCUCGGUAGUUCAUCCCUAUGACUUGGUAAUAAAAUUUUCACCAUCUCUA